AUGCCACUCAUAUGUUUACCUUUAUGCGCUAGGUUUGUUCCGGUCUCCCAAGAUUCACCGCCCGUGGAUCAAACAAUCGACUACCUCAGUUUCAUUGGAAUGCUAUUGAGCAUAUGCGGCCUUUUAUUCGAAAUGAAACUGGCUGCUUGGGUGGCUGUAAUGUGUGCCCUACUGACUUAUGCUAAUGCAAGAACAAAUGAAGAUACGAAGCAAUUAGUCAGUGGCUUCAUGCUUUCGAUUAGCGCUCUAGUGAUCUGUUACAUGCACAAUCCACAACCGAUGCCCGUACCGUGGUAG